AUGAGCGACCGCCGCCACAACAUCCCACAGUAUCUUUACAUUCACCAUCCACAGCAGCCCGACGCCCGUCGGAACAAGGAGCGUACACCUGCCCUUUACGCCCCUUACGCCCACCAACCCGCCCAUCUGCCGCCAUACGGCCUCGCCCUCCCCCAAGUGCCCCCGUAUCUGCUGCUGCAUCCGUUCCUGCAGCUCGCGCGCAUCGACGAAGUGCAUCAAUCCGCUUCGCAAACGCCUUUUCCCGCCGUAAUUGUGUCUCCCCAUUCGCUGAGCCCGCCUCCGCAGCGGGACUCAGGCCGCUCCGCACCCAAGAAGCCCUCCGCAAAGACGGCACAGGCGCGCCCUGACACCACAGAUGGGCAUAAGGAGUCGCAGCGCAGCGUGCCCACCAGCGCGCCGACGAUGACAUCAAACGGUGUGUCAAAUACGGCGAGCAAGCGGGAAGACGCCGCUCCGCAAACGCGCAGCCAACGCCCCUCGAUCGUCUCACAGCACUCCAACUCGGUGCCCUCGACGCCUCUGCAGGUCGCUCGCAAGUAUAGUACCCGCUCCCGCUCGCCCUCGCCCAACGGUGGCCUGGGCAGCCAUUCGCCUCGCUCCGUCUCCUCCGAGGCCAAUAGCACCAUGCCCACGCUACGUCCAGCCCGCCCCUUCAAGUGCCGCUUCGAGACCAAUGUCGGCAUGCUCGGCCGCCGCCGCAUGCCCUACCAGUCGGAUGAGAUUCUAGAAAAGGCAAAAGAGGAGCCUAAGAAGAGCCUGGACCCUCACGAGGACGACAAGCUGAGCGGUGACAUGCGCGAGCUGUACGACCGGUUAGAGCCCAAGCAGGAAGACACUGACAAUCGCGAGCGCUUCGUCCGCAAGGUCCAACGUAUUCUCGAGACGGAAUUUCCAAGCACCAAGAUUAUGGUGCAUGUUUUUGGCUCUUCGGGGAAUAUGUUGUGGACAUCUGAGAGUGACGUUGAUAUAUGCAUCCAAACGCCUAUGAAAAGGCUCGAGGAGAUGCAUCCGCUGGCCGAGGCUCUUGAUAAGCACGGUAUGCAGCGCGUUGUAUGCAUACCUGCGGCCAAGGUCCGGAUAGUAAAAGUCUGGGAUCCCGAGCUGCAGCUUUCUUGUGACAUCAACGUGAACAACGUGGCCGCAAUCGAGAACACUCGCAUGAUCAAGACGUAUAUUCAGCUCGACGACCGCGUGCGCAUUGGUGGCACAAUCAGCUCGUAUACGUGGAUAUGCCUGAUUCUCAACUUCCUCCAGACGCGAGACCCGCCUGUCCUGCCCAAUUUGCACGAACUUCCUGACCGCGCACGGGACGAGACGACCGGCCAGCCAUCGCUCUCGAGCUUUGCCGACGAUGUGGGUAAGCUACGGGGCUAUGGUAAAGACAACAAAGAAAGCCUAGGUCAGCUGCUCUUUCACUUCUUCCGGCUGUAUGGACACGAGAUAGACUAUGAAAAGGAGGCGAUUUCGGUGCGGCAGGGCAAGCGGAUACUACGAGAGGAGAAGGGCUGGCAUCCGGGCGGUGGUCAGAAGGAGGGUGUUAACCGUCUAUGUGUCGAGGAGCCUUUCAAUACGGAGCGCAAUUUGGGUAACUCUGCAGACGACUAUGCGUGGCGUGGGAUACACCUGGAGCUGCGUCGUGCGUUUGAUCUCCUUGCAGACGGCCAGCAGCUCGACAAGGCCUGUGAGCAGUUUGAGUACCCGCCCGAGGAGAAGUCGAGCGCAAUAUUCAAGAAGCCACAGUCGCAAAAGGCCAUCAUAACCUCGAGCGUACCCAGCCGCAAUGGACGAGGCGGACAAAACUCGCGCGGCAGAGGAGGCUUUAGUCUCAAGAACCAGCACGGGGGUAGUAGACGGUCGUCGGGCAGCUCUUCGUACACACAGAACCGCCCGCCUUUUCUGCACAGCCCGCCUAUUCCCGCGAGCGCUGGCCCGGAGUACUUUAGCUUCCCCAGAAGUGUCCACGACCAGCUGCAUGACCAGUUGUAUCAGCAGUACCAGAUGCUGGAGAUGCAGUCAAAUUCGCUGCGUGCUCAGCUGGCCGCCCAGCAACAUGCCCAGCAGGCACACCAAGUGCGGGCUGCGCAGAUGCAUGCUCAUGCUGUGGCUCAGGCACAGGCGCAGGCACAGGGACGAUCGCAGAACAACACUAGCGGCUCUCCGCAAAAGUCGACGCAUCCAAACGACCGCCACAGCCCGCGGCUGGCGGAGCGGGGAAUACCGCCAAGUGCUCUUCCCCCAGGCUUUUUGUACAAUUAUCCUGGUUUCUUCAACGGUUCGCAGCCAGAUCCCAAUGGUUCGCAGGAUGGUUCGCGGACGAAUCCGUCUUCCCCGUCUCUGAGCAACAGCCUGCCUGGCGUCCAUCGCGGAGUGCACCGCGCCUCCAACGCCAGCGAAACGAGCUCUCUCCGUUCUCACUCCCAGCCCCCACGCAGCGUUGGACAGUCAGUCAUUGUGGGAUAUUCGCCCAUGCCCCAGCUUGUUGAUCCCGCGACGUUUGCGGGCUACCCAAUCGCGCGCUCUUCGCAGGACGCAAAGCCACAGACGGAGGCUCCGAAACCGAACAAUUCACAGCCAGAGGCGAUGCCCUCUGACAAUAGCACACCGAAAGAGUACGUGGGCUACUAUGUCGCAGACCAGCCAGUGCGCUCUUUGCAGGAAUACGCUGUGCCGGCGAUUCCAUCUUUUAGCGAACUCGCCCAGCGCCGCCGACGUGUGUCGCCCGAAAUUACGCAGCCUCUUUUGAACACUGCGCUAAGGCGCGUCACACGGUCACCUUCCCCUCUGGGUGGGCAUAUGCGGAGUUACUCUACCGGUGUGACCCAGCCUAAUGACGCGGCUGCGGAGCAACGAAAGUCACGCAUCGACUCUGUUCGGCCACCUGUCGAGAAUGGCCCAGUCAUUGCAAAUGGUUCUUUCCCAAGUCAGCCUCGUCACAGGAGCGAUACGGUUGACGUUGUGCCCCAGGAGAUGUCACCCCAAGGUCCACUCAUGUACACCGCCGACCAGCAGGCAAUGCACCAGAUCCAGCAAGUCCAAGCUCGCCAACAAAUGCUGCUUCAGGAAAUGCAGCGGCAGAAGAUGGUGGAGGCUAUGGGCCCUCCGAUUGUCAAUGGGUCUAUAAAUGGGGUUCCGGAGACCAAUGGAUUGACGCGAGUACCAAGCGAGGGUCAGUCAUUUCCUGUAUUGGGUGACGGUUGGGUGAAUUACGACGCCAUGAACGGUCACCACAGCGAUCGUGCAGAGGACAUAUCACCGACCCGUACCGUUCCUCAAUGGGGUGCGCCCGCAUACACUAACGGCUUGCCUCUUCUGGAGACGUCCAACACGCAGCGAGCACAUCCACAGGAGAUCAAAUCUGCGACAAUCCCGUUACUGUCGCCUGUAUUUGAGACGCGCACCCCGUCGCCAACCACCAACCGAUCGUCCGACCACGGCAAGCUUGUCAACGGUAACAACGCUCACAAGACACAGACGAAGCCAUUGACGCGGCAACGCGGUGCCUCGCUCACUAGCGGAACCAAUGGCAAUAAGGAAAACCGUGGGCAGCAGCAGAAGAGUGGGCAUGGAACUGAGAAGACGAACAAGUCAAACACGAGUGCUAGUCCCAACUCUUGGCAACAGCAGACUACCCGUAAGAAGGGGAAGAACAAGAAGCCAAGGGCAAUGGAUCAGAAGAUGGGCGAGCCGCUUCCCGCCAACGCGGCGGAUCGAAAGGGCGGCUAG